AUGCAUGCCCCUGCAAGCGCCGCCAUUUUCUAUCAUAAAGCUCUGCAGGUCUGUCCACCUCUCCUGGCCUUAGUGCAGGCAGGCAGAGGAGGACAGGUGAAUGCAGAGUUCUUGCGCAUCACCACCAAGCCACUGCAAUCGAAGUUCAUGUAUCAGCUGGACCACUUUUCCGACAAGCUGCUACAAAUCUUCACCAGCAAAGGAGGAGUGAAGGGGAAAAAGAUAAAGGAAGCCCUUGCAAUCACAGAUUCGGAGGGAGUGCAUCCUGAGAAGCCUUGUGAUAUACCUAAAGGAAGAUCCAGACUGGUUCUUCAAGGAGUAUCUGGCCUCCGCGCUGACGAUGCAGAGAGGGACAUUUCCAACACAGUCAUGGGGAUUUACACGAUCCGAAGAAACGGGGAUGGGGGGCCAGAGGACGUGGGAAUUGUUAUCGAAGGCAUUAAAGUCAUGGAAAACGUAGGCAGCGUCAUUGUGGGACUCAUCAUGCUCUUGGGGCUCAUGUAUGCCCUUGAUCUCAGCUUCCCGGACAACCUGAAGUACACCUUCGAGUUUCUACAGAAGGUCGUAAUGAACUUGGAUGGGCACAAGCUGAAUGCAAAAAUACAGCAGCUGAAAAUCAAGCUGUUUGCAUAAGAGGUGAACAACAUGUGAACAAGUGUAUUGUCAAGUUUCCUUAACAAAUAUUUUGCUUUUUUUGUAAUUGUAGGUUCAAAGCAAAUGGCUACACUACACUUAUUCAAUUACCAAAUAUACUGUAGGGUUUGUGCAGUGCACUCUUUAUAAAAACCACCCAAUGAUAUUCCCUGUUUGGAGAGCAGUGCAAAGCCUCCACUUUUAAUAGUGUCUUUGUUGUUUGUGGCACUGGGAGAUCUAGAAAGCUGGGUGUUCACUUUUCACCACUCUUAAAUUGUUCUUUAAAAAAAACAUUUGUACAUCUUGCUCUGUGUAUUCAAGUAAAGUUAAUAUUGAGCUGUGUAUAUAAAUAUUGAUGUUGAAUUGAGGAUUACUGUCACCUUCCUCAUCCAUGAUUGGUGUUAUUAUUAUUUUUCUGAGUUGCUUUUAUCUCCUGCUCAGUCUGUUUAUUGAUAUGUUUUAUAAAAAAAGAAAUGCAGACACAAAUAACUCUGACAGAGAGC